UACAGUCAGUUUUCAACAUACGGGAUCACGACGUGAUGUUGUUCGAGUUGUGGAGGUAAUUCCCACGUGCUGCUACAAUCCACGGAUUUUUUUGGAUGUAAACGCGGUGUAGACGUGGAGCUUCGAGCGAUGUCAUCUCGAAGUUCUGCCAUGAUGUGGCUGCUGUUGGUUGGAAUUUUGACUGUUUUGAGGAGGCCUUUUGGAGUCGAAGCCGAAGUGAGAUGUUUGGUGGCUAUUCAGUUUGCUUGUAAAGAUGGUUUCCAGUGUAUCCCGUCCUCCUGGCAAUGCGACGGAGACCCUGACUGCAGAGACUUCAGCGAUGAGGAGCGCUGCGGUGAGAUAACUUGUCCAGACCACAUGUUCCGAUGCCCCAACAGCACUGUGUGCAUCCCCAUGGGAUGGGUGUGCGACGGCGACAAUGAUUGCGGGGACUUUGAGGACGAGAAUGUGAACAGAGCAGGCUUACAUUGCUCAUCGACACCUUCACCGUUCAAGUGCCCUCCAAACCAGUUCCGGUGCCUGGGGACGACCACCUGCAUUCGACCAAGCCAGGUCUGCAACAGGGUCCCGGACUGUCCCGGAGGUAGCGAUGAAGGGGCGUUUUGUCUGCCAGUAAAUCAGAACAAAUGCGCCCUGCACAGCUGUGAGCUAUGCGUUGACACGGUUUACGGAGCUAUGUGCUACUGUCGGGACGGCUACCAGAUCAAGAAAGGAGUAAUAUGCGAAAACGUUAACGAGUGCAGUGACUACAGUCUAAACCUCUGUGAUCAGAUUUGUAUCGACUCAGACGGGAGCUACAACUGCUCGUGUGAUCAUGGGUACCAGCUUCAAAAGGACGGCAGAAGUUGCGCACCAGCCAAUCCAGAGGAGCCCGGUCAACUCUUUGUGGCAAACAUGGGGCAGAUUCUGAAGCUGAAUUUGAAGGGUGUAGAUGUGGAGGGCGUAUCUCAUGUUGAUGCCCUUGGUGCCAUGGCACUGGAUUUCGAUAUCCGUAAGAAAAAGGUCUGCUGGAUAAACUUUGCAGCAGCAAACAACCAUUUGAUAUGUGGGAACCCGACUACAUUGGGCGACCUUGUUACAGUGGAUGUUGUCUUCAGUGUCAGUCACAUCCAACAGUUUGCCAUCGACUGGGUGACCAGCAACUUCUACUUUGUGGAUGAUGUGGCCGACCAGGUCCUGGUCAGCAACAGCGAUGCCAAUAAAUUCAUCCCAGUCAUCGAGACGGGCUUAGAUCAGCCCCUGGGAAUAGCGCUGGAUCCAAACAGAGGGGUGAUGUUCCUCACCGAUCGCGGAAGCCAUCCCAAAGUCAAGAAGGCCAACUUGGAUGGCUCUGAGCUCCAGGACAUUGUGGUUGGCAAGAUCUCCACGCCUCACAGCAUCACAGCUGACCUGGUCGCACAGAGAAUCUACUGGACAGACUCAGGCCUGCAGCUUAUCGAGAGCAGCAACUACGACGGGAUGAACCGCCGCACUGUAGCAAGAGGCUCAGGGGUCAUCUUUGGUUUUGGGAUCUCUGUCUUUGGUAACUACCUGUACAUCACCAAUUGGCAGCCUUACCCCACCGUAACCAGGGUCAACAAGUUCACGGGCAACACCUCCGUUCUCCGAAACGACACAAUCAAUCAUGGGGUGGGGGCUGUCCGAGUCUACCACGAAUUGGUGCAACCGUUGGUUGGAUCUCAUCCGUGCCGAACUGACAAUGGAGGCUGCAAUCACAUUUGCCUGAUAUCGGGCAAAGAUGGCCGCGAACGGGUGUGCCGAUGCCAGCAGGGCUUUGUCUUGGAAAACAAAACCACUUGCAUUGAGAACAGAGACAACUCCAGGUUCCUCAUCUAUUGCCAGAGUUUCCCCGGCUCCAUCCACGGGAUACCGAUGGAGCCGGUAUCCGACAAUCUGGAGGUGAUCAUCCCCAUCAUCAAUCUGGAGAGCCCCCGGGCAGUGGACUACCACGCCGCCCAGGAGUACAUCUACUACGCCGACUCCAACAGCUACGUCAUUGGACGCCAGAAGAUUGACGGCACGGGUGCACAGAAAGUGAUUGAGGACAGGGUGAGCAACUGUGAGGGGAUUGCUGUGGACUGGAUCAGUGAGAAUCUUUACUGGACCGACGAUGAUUUGAAGACCAUCAGUGUGGCUCGUCUGAAUGGCACCCACCGCAAAACCAUCAUAUCCGGCAACGUGACCCACCUCAGGGCGAUCGUGGUGGAUCCUGCUGAAGGGUACCUCUAUUUCACCGACUGGGCAGAGACCAUAGAGGAGAGCCACCUGGCGAAGAUUGAGCGUGCCCACAUGGAUGGGUCCAACCGGGAAGCCUUCGUAACAGAGGGCCUGCUGUGGCCCAACGGCCUGAGCUUAGACAAGGACCGGCGCAAGCUGUACUGGUGCGAUGCCUUCCACGACGUCAUCAAGGGGGUCUCCCUGGACAACCGCACUGCCAUAGAGAAAGUGGUGUUGCACUUGAGACUGCUGCAUCCGUUUGGUGUGGAUUACUACGGGGACUUCAUCUUCUGGACGGACAACACCAGAGGAGAGUUGUACCGAUUUGAUCGCACCAGGGACCACCAGGGUGCUGUCAAACUGCGCAGUGGUGGUGUGCUGUUUGAGCUCAGGGUGUAUGACCCUGAACGUCAGACAGGGACAAACGCUUGCUCCAACAACAAUGGGGGUUGCCAGGAGCUUUGCUUGCCAGUGCCCGGUGGCGGUCGACAGUGUGCCUGCGAUGACAGACACAAGCUGGAGCAAGAUGGGACAACAUGCCUUGUUGACCCGCAGUAUAUUCCACCGGACAUUUGCGGCAACAGAUUUGAGUGCAACAACGGUCGGUGCGUGGAUCGAGUCUGGCUGUGCGAUGGCGAUAAUGACUGUGGCGAUAACAGCGACGAAACCACUAGUUGCAAUGAUACAAGGUGUGCCGAAAACGAGUUUACCUGCCGCAACAACAAGUGUAUCACAAAUCGAUGGCUGUGCGACGGGGACGACGACUGUGCCGACGGCUAUCGUAGUGACGAGGCCCGAGAUACUUGCAAGGAGCAUGAGUGUCGCACAGGCCAAUUCCAGUGUGCCAACCAACGCUGUAUUCUUAACUUGUGGGAAUGCGAUGGGGAGGAUGAUUGCGGCGACAAUAGCGAUGAACUGGGCUGCACUGUGCCUACUUGCGACCCUGACGAGUUCCAGUGUGCCAAUGGGCAUUGCGUUGUGAACUUUUUCGUGUGUGAUAGAAGUGACGAUUGUGGCGAUAACUCAGAUGAGUUACACUGCAUUUACCCAUGUGACAACAUCACUCAGUUCCAGUGCAACACAUCAGGUAUUUGCAUAGAUAAGGAUCUUCGGUGCAAUGGCUUUGAGGACUGCCUUGACGGAAGUGACGAGAAUAAUUGCACUAUUGCGCCGGUGAAAAUCUGCCGAGCAGACCAAUUCAGCUGUGGCACUGGCUUCUGUGUGCCGAGUGUUGCCGUCUGCGAUGGCGAAGACGACUGCGGGAAUGGCAGAGACGAAGAGAACUGCCCUCCUGGGACGCGGUGCAAGCCGGACACCCACUUCAGGUGUCACAGCGAUGGGAAGUGCAUACCCAUCUGGUGGAAGUGUGACGGGAUUCAAGAUUGCGCUAACCAGUCAGACGAGCUCAAUUGCCUUGGUGAGCCAUGCCCGCAUGGUUUUUGGCAGUGCCCAAACCACACACUCUGCAUCCCUCUGACCAAUCUCUGCGAUGGCGUGCGCCAGUGCGUUGAUGGUGCAGACGAGGGUGGCCUCUGCACGGAGCGCUGGUGCCAGACCAAGGCCUUCCCUAGUACCAACAACUGCAGCCACAGCUGCCAGAACACGCCGGCCGGGCGCAUCUGCCUCUGCCCCGAGGGCUCGCUGCUGCUGGAAGACCCUUACCGAUGCGAGCCGGACACCCGCAUGUGCUCAGUGCGGGGCCGCUGCAGCCAGCGCUGCGAAAACGGCAAGGGCUUCUACACUUGCCACUGCUAUGAUGGCUACCAGCUGCAGGCGGACGGUAUCUCAUGCCGUUCCACCGACCCAGCCAUCCCAUACCUCGUCUUCUCCAACCGAAACCAGCUGCGGCGCAUCAACCUGUUGACCCAGGACUACAACGUGCUGGUCUUCAACCUGCGCAACACCAUCGCGCUGGAUUUCAGCUACAACACCAGCGAGAUUUACUGGACGGACAUCAUUGACGAUAAGAUCUAUCGUGGCUGGAUGGACGACAACUCUCACAAUGCUGGACUGAGGAACAUCCAGGAGGUGGUCAGUACCGGUUUAGCCACCGCCGAGGGCCUGGCCGUGGACUGGGUGGGCAAGAACCUUUACUGGGUGGAGAGCCAGCUGGACCAGAUUGAGGUGGCCAAGUUGAACGGCAGCUUCAGGACCACGGUGGUGGCCGGCCAGAUGGAGAACCCGAGGGCCAUAGCGCUGGAUCCCCGAAAGGGGUUGAUGUUCUGGACGGACUGGGAUGCCGAGAACCCACGCAUCGAGCGGGCUACCAUGGCGGGCCUUGACCGCCAGACCAUUUAUUAUGUCCAGCUAGUCAAUGGAGGCUGGCCCAACGGGCUGACACUGGACUACCUGGAGGACCGUGUCUAUUGGAUCGAUGCCAGAUCGGACUCCAUCCACUCCGUCCUGUACAAUGGCACGCAGCUUUUCACCAUCCUGCAGGGCCAUGUCAACAUGUACCACCCCUUCGCCAUCACCAUCUUUGAGUCCACCGUCUACUGGACCGACUGGCGCAGCAAUGGUGUGUAUGGGGCCAACAAGUGGACAGGAGCCAAUGUGACCGUCGUGCAGAAGACCUCGACUCAGCCCUUUGACUUGCAUGUCUUCCACCCGCAGAGGCAGCCCUAUGUAUCGGAUGACAGGAAUCCAUGCGCUGCCAACAAUGGCGGAUGCUCUCAUCUGUGUUUGCUGAAUGGGGACAAGCCUGCCUGCCUGUGCCCACACCUCAUGCAACUUGGAGAGGACAACAAGACCUGCCUAGAUGAUAAUGUGUUCUUUGUCAUCUCGGUUCCCACGGAGAUCCGCGGUGUGCACCUGAGCGACGGUUACCACAACGUAAUCCCUCCACUGACCAUACCCAGCGUGGCCAACGCCUCGUCCGUGGAUCAUGACGUCAAGGAGCAGCGGCUGUACUGGACAGACCUGCAGCAUAAGUCCAUCAACAGGGCCUACAUCAACGGCACAGACAUAGAGACGGUCAUUGAAGGCAUACCGGAUGCCUACAGCCUGACGAUUGAUUGGCUGUCUCGCAACAUGUACUGGACCAACAUCUCGCCCGACAAGAGCAGCUUGAACAUAGCGCGCCUGGACGGCAGCUACCGCAAUGAGAUUCAUGUCCGUAACCUCACCAUCCCCCGGAGUAUCAUUGUCAGGCCAAGUGAAGGGACUAUGUACUGGAUUAACGCUGGGGACUUUCCAACCAUUGAGCAAGCCAACAUGGAUGGGUCUAACCAGACUACCUUGAUCUCCUCCAAUCUCAUCGAUCCUCUGGGUCUUGCCGUUGAUGAAUCAGCAGGCCGUCUGUACUGGACUGACAAGGGGAAUCAGUCGGGCAUCCACUCCAGCACCCUUAUUGGUGACGACAUAAAGAUAUUCCUGGCUCUCGAGGAGGAUGCUGUGCCCUUAGCCAUCACGGUCACAAAGGAAAAGGUGUACUGGGCCGAGUCUAACACUGUCAAGUACGUCAGCAAGAGUGACACCACCAACAUCCAAAUUCUCCGCAGGGACUUGGCAGGAGUCAAGGAGAUGUUCAUCUACGACCCUAACACCAAGAAAAAGGCCACCAACAAGUGCUCCCAGAAUCGCGGCGGUUGCAGUCAAUUGUGCAUCCCGCUCCCCAAUGCACAGCGAGUGUGCGCCUGCACAGCUGGCUACAGGCUGGAUGAAAGGGACAAAAUCAGUUGCCUAGGCGUAGAAUCCUUCCUGAUUUAUUCCAUGGAUACCAGCAUCCGUGGCAUUGGCCUGCAACCAGGAGACGAGGGUGACCUAUUGAUUCCUGUAUCGGGACUCCAGCUAGCCGUGGCUAUUGACUUUGAUGCAGUCAAUAACUUCAUCUACUGGGUGGACACGUCCUCCCACGCAAUCAGUCGCAUCCACCGGGACCACACGUCCAGGGAAAUCCUCGUCAACAGCGGCUUGGGCCGAGUGGAAGGCCUGGCCGUGGACUGGAUUGCAGGUAACAUGUACUGGACAGACCAGCAACUGGACCUGAUUGAAGUGGCCCGAGUCAAUGGGACCUAUCGUCACAUUCUCCUGUCAGAGGGUCUGGAUAAACCUAGAGCAAUUGUCGUGCAUCCACAGAUGGGCUACCUCUUCUGGGCAGACUGGGGUUCCCAAGCCAAGAUAGAGCGUGCCCGGCUGGACGGCUCCAAUCGCACCACCAUCGUCAGCAACAACAUUGGCUGGCCCAAUGGGCUGACCAUCGACUACGGCGAGGGCGCUCUGUACUGGUGCGAUGCCAGGCUUGACACCAUCUUCACCAUGGACUUUGACGGCAAUGCCAGAAAGCCCAUCCUGGACGACAACCUCUUUGACCCCUUUGCUAUCACAGUGUUUGAAGACUACAUUUACUGGACGGACAGGACACACAAGAGUGGUUCCAUACAGCGGGCGUUGAAGUCUGAUGGCUCAGGACGUGUUGUCAUGCUGAAUAACCUAGGUCUACCGGUCAAAGAUAUACAUGUAUAUAGCAAGGCCAAGCAAAACGGGACAAGUGCCUGUGCCGUCAAUAACGGAGGGUGUGAGCAGCUAUGCUUCAGCACCGGACCAAAUACCAGGACCUGCCGCUGUACCUACGGUAUACUUCACAAAGAUGGCCACUCCUGCCAGGAAUACGAUGCCUACAUUCUGUACUCCCAGGGCAGUGUCCUGAAAGGUCUGAACCUCCACGCCGACACAGACAGCAACGUGCCAAUUAAGCCCAUCAUGGACAGCAACUUCAUCCGCAACGUCAUCGGUCUGGCCGUAGACUACAGGACGCAGAUGCUGUACUACACGGACAUACAGCUGGGCAGCAUUCACCAGAUGUUCCUGAAUGGGUCCGGGCACCAGACCAUUAUCGAGAGCACGGGCUCGGCUGAGGGAAUCGCCUACGACCCCGUGUUCCGUGAGAUCUACUGGACGAGCUACACCAACUCCUCCAUCAGCCGGAUCAAGGUGGACCGCCCGGGGGCUACAGAGCAGCUGCUGGUCAGGCUGUCUGCCAGUGAUCACCCACGAGGAAUCGCCAUUGAUUCCUGUAGUGGGUACCUCUUCUGGUCCAACUGGAACUCGGAGCACCCUCGCAUCUCCCGCUGCCUCCUGUCGGGCUCCAACGUCAGCGAUAUCAUCACCGAGGAGAUCCAGAUGCCCAAUGGUAUCGUCAUUGACCAUCAGGCAGCCAAGCUCUUCUGGUGUGAUGCCCGCCUGGACAAGAUCGAGCGUACCGACCUGGAUGGCACUAACAGAGUGGUCAUCCUCCCCCAAGAGCCAGUCCACCCCUUUGGUGUAGCCGUCUUGGGGGAGUUCAUCUACUGGACAGACUGGGUCAAACGCUCCGUCAUCCGGGCCAACAAGUACACAGGGGCAGACGUGGUAGUUCUUCAGAGCAAGCUGCGACAGCAGCCCAUGGGGCUAGUCAUCGUUGCCGAGGACGUCAGUGAUUGUACACAGUGGCCUUGCCGGUUGUACAAUGGUGGAUGUGACGAGUGGUGCACCACGGACGAAUUCGCUCAAGUCAUCUGCCAAUGCACGAAGGACAAGACCCUCGUCGAUGACGUCAGAUGUUUAGUGAGUAACCAGACCUGUCCAGGUAUUGAUCAGUUUACCUGUGGGGACAACUCGUGUAUCAGCUACGAGGACACUUGCGACGGGAGACAGCAGUGCGUGGAUGGCUCCGAUGAGAGACUUUCCUAUUGCCAGACUCGAGACUGUCAGCGAGGCUAUUUCCGCUGUCGGAAUGGGCGCUGCAUCCCCAAAGUUCACCGCUGUGACUUCUACAACAACUGUGGAGACAACAGCGACGAGUAUCGUUGCGGUCGCUGUCAUCGUGAGGAGUUUACAUGUAGCAGUGGCGAGUGCAUUCCCGUGACAGGGUUGUGCGAUGCUCGCCUCGACUGCAAAGACCAUUCAGAUGAGAUAAACUGUCCCGACAUCUCGUGCGAUGACUGGCGGAGGAACAUGGCUGGUGCCCCGCUCGACACUAAGCUCAUCAGUUGCAACUCCUCCUCCAUCUGCAUCUUGCCCUCCUACAAGUGUGACGGCAUCGACGAUUGUGGCAACAACGCAGAUGAACAUGGAUGCGGUCCAAGUUUGACUGAGGAGCCCACCUGCCCGGACUCGUUCUUCAGGUGUCCCAAUGGCCAGUGCAUUCGAACUUCCUGGAUCUGCGACCAUGACGAUGAUUGUGGGGAUGGGGCCGACGAGCCUUCCAGUUGCAACUACACCUGCAAGGACGAUCAAUUUAAGUGCAGCAACAGCCACUGUAUCCCCAUGAAGUGGAAGUGCGAUGGUGACAAUGAUUGCCUGGACAACUCAGACGAAGAAGUCGACUGCGAAUAUGUGACGUGUGCCGGCGACCACUUCCGCUGCGAGGCCUUGAAUAGAUGCAUCCCGAGGUCCUGGGUCUGUGAUGGAGAUAACGACUGCGGGGACGCCGCUGAUGAACGCAUGGAACAAGGAUGCAACGUGACCCUCUGCGACACCAACGAGUACGCCUGCAUGAACACGCGCUGUAUCCAGCUGGCCUGGGUGUGCGAUCGAGAGGACGAUUGCGGCGACGGAUCUGACGAACCAGACACGUGCGAUUACUCCACCUGCCAGGCUAGUCAGUUCACCUGUGCCAACGGUCAGUGCCUGCAUAGCACUUGGGUCUGUGAUGGGGACCCUGACUGCCGCGACCACUCGGAUGAAGCCAACUGCACGACGGAAGCACCUCCUUCUGGAGACUGCGACCCCGAGUCCCCGGGCACCCAGUUCCGCUGCGCCAACGGCUUGUGCAUCCAGCAACAGCAACUAUGCGACAACAGUAAUGAUUGUGGGGACUUCUCGGAUGAGAGAAAUUGCGGUGUAAAUGAGUGUGAAACCUCGUAUCCGUGCCAUCAUGUUUGCACUGACGAACCCACAGGUUUCAAGUGUUCCUGUUACGAAGGGUACCGUCUUCUCAAUGACAGUUCCACUUGCCAAGAUAUCAACGAGUGUGUGGAGACGCUGCCUUGCUCGCAGGGUUGCCUCAACUCGGCCGGGGAUUACCGCUGCUACUGUGCUGAGGGGUACAAGCCACUGCCGAACAAUCCGGACAAGUGUAUGAUGGCUGACAGUGAUGUCGAGGCCUUGGCGUACUUCUCCAAUCGCUACUACAUCCGUUCGGUGGACCUUGGUGGGGCCAACUACAGACUGGUGACGCGGGAGCUGACCAAUGCUGUGGCCUUGGACUUUGACUAUGAGGAGGACCGCAUAUACUGGACAGAGGUCACCCACCAGAACAGUACCAUCAGCCGCAUGUUCCUGAACGGCACUGGUCCGGAGAUUCUUCACCAGGGAGUGCGCAACCCGGACGGCUUGGCGGUAGACUGGAUUGGCAGGAACCUCUACUGGUGCGACAAAGGAUUGGACGAGAUCGCAGUGUCCCUCCUGGACGGCAAUUACCGUCGGUCCCUCAUCACAGAAGGGUUGGACGAGCCCCGGGCCAUUGCUCUUGAUCCACGGAACGGUUUGAUUUUCUGGACUGAUUGGGGACAGGAGCCUUACGUUGGCAGAGCAAGUAUGGACGGCACAUCGGCCAUUCGCCUAGUGGAGGACGACCUCCGAUGGCCCAACGGCUUGACCGUCGACUACACCACGGACCGGGUCUUCUGGGCUGACGCCCAUAAGGACAGGAUUGAGUUUGUAGAGUGGGAUGGCCGUAACAGGCAAGUGGUGAUUGAUCAAGACAUCCCACACAUCUUUGCCAUCUCCCUGUUUGAGGACUGGCUCCUCUGGACGGACUGGGAGAACAAGCAGGUGAUCAAGGCCAACAAAUACACCGGCGAGAACCGGACCGUCCUAGCCAGCACGGUCCAUCGGCCGAUGGAUAUCCAUGUCUAUCAUCCACUCAGACAACCACAUGGUGUCUUCAACCCUUGCAAGCACAACAAUGGCGGCUGCAGCAACCUGUGCCUACUCAAUGACCGCAACGGCCGCACCUGCGCCUGCCCGACUAACUACUACCUGUCACCGGACGGGCUGACCUGCAUGUCCAACUGCACCUCCAGCCAAUUUGUCUGCCACAACGACAAGUGCAUCCCGUUCUGGUGGCGUUGCGAUGGGGAGAACGACUGUGGAGACAACUCGGAUGAGCCCGCCGAGUGUCGUCCAUUCCUCUGCGUUGUGGGUCAGUUCCAGUGUGAGAACUCAACAGAGGAAGAGAAAGACUGCAUCAAUCCGGCUUACAUCUGUGAUGGAGAAGAUGAUUGCAACGACGGCUCGGACGAGCUGAAUUGCGAGCACCACACUUGCAUGACCAGCCAGUACAAGUGCAACGAGAGUAGCCGAUGCAUUCCUCUGUACUUCCACUGCGAUGGUUUCGCCCACUGCCCCAAUGGCGAAGAUGAAAGGAACUGCCCCCGCCAAACCUGUCGGCCGCAGCAGUUUUCCUGCAAUAACAGCAACUGCAUUCCCCAAGUCUGGAAGUGUGACGGGGAAGACGAUUGUGGAGACGGCAGCGACGAACCCAACUCAUGUGGAGUCCGCACUUGUCCAGUGAACCAUUUCACGUGCAACAACUCCCAGUGUAUUCCGAUGAAGUGGCGCUGUGACGGUGAAUUUGACUGCUUAGACCGAUCGGAUGAAAAUGCAAAUCUCUGUGGGGAGUUGACAUGUCCGCCCACCUACUUCCAAUGUAACAACAAGCGAUGCAUCCCCAGGAAUUGGAUGUGUGACGCUGACAAUGACUGCGUGGAUGGAUCCGACGAGGCUAAUUGUAAUUUCACCUGUGGCACGAACCAAUUUGGAUGCGACGGCAACCGGUGCAUUCCCCAGAGUUGGAAAUGUGACGGUGAAUCACACUGUUCCGACGGAACUGAUGAAAACGAAGAUGUUUGCAACCCACUGCAGUGUUUGGAAAGCGAGUUCAAGUGUGCCAACAAUCAGUGCAUAUGGAAUGGUUGGGUCUGUGACAACGAUCGGGAUUGUUUGGACGGUUCAGACGAGAACAAUUGCACUAGAAGAUGUGCUGAAGAUGAAUUUCAGUGUGGCAACUCGCAAUGUGUCCCACGUUGGUGGCGCUGCGAUGGAGAAGACGAUUGCGGCGACAGCUCGGACGAAGACCAAACCAUGUGUGCUGGAGUGGCGUGCUUACCUCCCAACCGAUUCUUGUGUAGAAAUUUCAUCUGCGUUCACAGCAUGCAGCGAUGUGAUGGCGAGGAUAAUUGUGGAGAUGGCAGCGAUGAGCAGUUCUGUACGACAGAGCCGCCCCUCUGCCAACCUGAGCAAUUCAAGUGCCGGAACGGUGGGUGUGUGCCAAACUACAAAUUGUGUGACCUGGUCAAUGAUUGCGGAGAUUUCUCAGACGAGACAGACUGCGUAAGGGAAAGCAACUGCGCUGAUUCUGGGCAUGUGUGCGAGCAUACCUGCAAUGAUAGGCAGCAGGGUACCGGCAGUGGGAUCUACUGUAGCUGUCGGGAAGGGUACCGGCUGCAGGCCAACGGGAGGUCUUGCGAGGACAUCAAUGAGUGCGAGCAAAUUGGAAUGUGCUCCCAGACUUGUGAGAACCUGCAGGGAAGCUUCAGAUGUAGCUGCCUAGGAAACUACACAGAGGACAGGCUGACCAGACGUCACGUCACCUGCAAGGCUAAAGGUCCCCCAAAUUUCCUGCUGGUCCUGAAUAGUCGGCAGCUGCAACGCUACAGCCCCCACCACAACAACAUGACCUCAGAGUACUCGGGCGACGAGGGCGUGCGCAUCGAUGCCGUGGACUUCAACUACAACACCCAAACUGUCUUUUUGCUGCACGCAGAGAGCGGCACCAUCAGCCGACGGAGGCUGGACACAGCCCAGCGCAAGCGCAGAGACACAUCUGUGCAGAUGCUGGUUAGUAACUUGACCAAUCCACACGGCAUUGCUGUUGACUGGCUCACCUCUAAGAUAUAUUGGACAGACACAGCCAUUCGGGUAGUGGAUAUCAGCACCCUAAACCUACUGACUGUCAUCGAAAAGGGUUUGAAGCGACCUUUUGCCAUUGUGGUCCACCCUGGGCGUGGUCAGCUGUUUUGGUCCGAGGUCGGCCAGACACCUCGCAUCGUCAGAGCCAACAUGGAUGGUACAGACAGGUUGUCGUUGGUUGGCAGUCACCUCAUCUACCCUACCGGCCUGGCCAUAGACUAUGUCCACGACAGGUUGUACUGGGCAGACUCCAAGGCCUCACGAAUCGAGAUGAUCGGUUUGGAUGGGGCCAAUCGACAUCUACUCCAUAGGUUUUCAGCAGAGGAAGGUAAUCCCUUCGCCAUUGACGUCUUUGAGGACUACAUUUAUGGCACCACCAGGCCGGGCACGAAGAUCUUCCGGGCUGACAAGUUUGGCCGGCGGGACGUCCCCAACGGCAACCUGACCUUCUUGGUGGAAGGGCUGGCCAGCUCCUCUGGCCUUGUCAUCAUACAACAACAGAAGCAGGCCCAGGACCUGCCCAACCCCUGUGCGUCCAACCCGUGCGGGGACAAACUGCUCUGUCUCCUUAACUCUGAUGGCUUCUCCUGCAAGUGCAAAGAUGGAUUGGAAGCUGCAGAGGCAACCUCGGAUUGUUUCCCAAUACGUCGGCCUAGCGGAGCUUCGCCCUGCGAAGAGGUUGAAUGCUUGAAUGGAGGAACGUGUACCGUUACGCGAUCCCGCACCACCAAAUGCACGUGCACUCCGCAGUACAGUGGCGGACGUUGCGAGUUGGACCGAUGUAGCGGAUAUUGCUUGAAUAGUGGGACGUGUACCGUCAACAGUGCCGGCAAUCUGCAUUGCCAGUGCACCGCCAAGUACAAAGGAGACCGCUGCGGCAGCGACCGCUGCGGGGCAGUGUGCAUGAACGGGGCCGACUGCGUGGAGAGAAACGGCGAAGUUGUCUGCCUAUGUGGGAUGCAGUACACCGGAGACAAAUGCGAAACCAACCUCUGCGAGGGACAUUGCUUAAAUGGAGGGACAUGCUACUUCAGCGGUAGUGGUGAUACCAGGACACAGAAUUGCACCUGCCCGCGGUCUUACACGGGAUACCGGUGUGAGAUUUUGCCAGGUGACCCAUGUAAACCCCUGAAGUGCCAGAAUGGGGCUAGCUGUCGGAAGAUAUCAGCUGAUGAGGCAGAGUGUGUCUGUUCCUCAAUACGCUACUCAGGUCCCGAGUGUAGCGUUGACCACUGUGAUAAGUGUCACUACAAUGGAUUUGUUUGUCAUAUUGAUAUGGAUGGAGCCAAGUGUGUACGUCAAUCCCCUACUCAUUCAUCUGGAGAUAAAGGUGACAAGGGAAAGAACUCACAGAACCAGUCGUCAGUUUCUGUUGCUGUGGCAGUUCCCGUUGUUCUCGUCGUCAUCGCAAUAAUUCUGGUCCUGUUCCUUGUCUGGUACAAGAAGAGGCACACGGGCAGCUUCAAGCAUCAGCGGAUGAAGCAGGACCCAGCAGGCAACAUUGAGAUCGGCAACCCAACAUUCAUGUAUGAACCACAAAUCAAUGAAGAUGAGGGGCCUGAGCUGGUGGACACCGCUUUCAUAGUCAAGGGAAACAAGGCCACCAAUUUUUCCAACCCUAUGUACGGGUCUCUUUACCCUGACCGGCACAGCACGGGCUCAGAGCUCAGCCUGGACGAGAAAAGGGAUCUGCUUGGAGACACAGAGAACAUGGAGAAUAUGGACGAGGAUGAGAGGGCGGCCAUCUUGAGAUGAAACAGAAUCGGUCUGAGUUGGUUUGUAUGUUAAUUGUUUUCCUCGAAACCCCCCCCCAUUUACGUAACAGUUCUGCCAAUGCCAUGAAGAUCUUUUAUCAAAGCAAGAGAGUCUUGCUCAGCAUUUUUAGUUAUUAAUCCGAAUUAAGACAGCAACAAAAAGAAUUCCGAGGUACUGAUUACAUUCUGCAGUUUUGCACAGCUCAAAAUAGUUAUCUUUCUCCACUUAUUUUUAUGGCAUUUCCAGAUCCAUUAUCUUCUUUUUGUGGCUGAUGAAAAUUUCAAGAAGCAGCAUGGAACAUGUAUUCAAGCAAUCUUUUAUUGCGCGAUGUGUGACUGUCCAUUGAUAUAUGCUCCGUGUGGUAUGCAUUGGUCUCAUUCAUAUACAUGUACGUCUCGUUUUUUUCUUUUGUGGAAGUCUGGUCUUGUGAAGUCGUGUCUAUGAUGAUGAACGCAGUGGGUGCUAUAGAACACAGACAGGGUCUCUUUCCAAACAUCGUAUCAAAAAAGAAUUAUUUUUGUUUGCGUGGGAUAACUUAUAUUUGUACUUUUUAUAAACUGUUAGAAAAGACUGUUCAAGAUGGCGAACUAUUUAGUUAAGCUGUUUUCCAUUUUUGUGUUUUCGUAUGCCGAAAAAUGCAAUGUAAUUUAAAGACAAGAGUAACUGUUUUGAUUGAUGCACCACAUUUAAAGCAGCACGUCAGUUUUUAGUCAGAACAUCUCACUGACCCCAUAGAAGUAAGUUUUAGCAUAAGACGUAGUUCAUUUAGAACGGGAAAAAAUUUCAGUACGACUUCAUUUACAAAUGGAAAAAAAUUCUAUUUUUGAAAGUUGUAAGCUAAUGAAAACGAUGUUGGCCGAUAUGAAUAAUGACUGCCCGAGGAAGUGUCUGUCUGUCAUGUAAUUUAUACACCCAUCAUCAGUUGACUUUCAUUCUGACUGUAUGUAGAUGUAAUGGUGUCUUAAUUGACUUGAGUCCCGUGGAAGCGUUUUUGUCUGACAGAAUACAGUGGAAGUGUUCAGAACACUCUGACUUGUCAGGUGGAUCUGACAAGGUGUUCAGUUGUGUGCUAUUCAUGCCAGUAGCUCAUACCGAUCUUGUAACACCAAAGCACUUGAUUAAUAAGUGUCGAAGUGCUGUGUAAAUAUUAAUUCGGAAAAAUGUCUGUGCAACAGUCAGGGUAAAGAGAAACCCGAGGAUCAGGAAGCAUUUCUGAAAUGCCUCGUUAUUCAGAAUUAUCCCAAGGUCCAAGACAAAUACUUAAAACGCCAGCAUAAAGAUGUCAAGAGUCAUUUGCCAUACGAUGUUGCUUCCCCUAGAAAAAGUUCUCAAAGUUUCGGAAAUCCAUUUGAAAGUACUUAAAUUUCAAAGACAAUGUGAGAAACAAGUACUUUCCACUUGUACAAAUUUAAUCAUAGUGUACAAAUUUAUGAUAGUGUUAUCAUAAUUUUACUUGAAAAGUGUACGUCUUGCUCGCAUGUUGAUGUUCUUGAAAGAAUGUGUACAAGUCUCGGAAGUCUUGAUGCAGUUUGGUGUAAGAUUUUGAGUAGUUGGGCCACAUCAGCAUUUGGUGAAAGAAAGAAAUACACAAAACUUGUCAACGGUGCAAGGGUAUUGGAUAGGGGAGAGAUUUGUUUAUAUAACGAUAAGGUUUAUGGGGUUUGGAGGGUGACUAAAACAUUAGGUUUUUGUAUGACAGAGAACACUGAAUUUAUGUAACUAACAGUACUUCAUAAUGUACAAUGUAUAGUACAUGUACAGUGAUGCCCGUACCUACUGCACAGAAUAUGUACAUGUACAGGUGCAGAUGGGACGUAAACCAUUAUACGUACAUGAAGUCUUGAUCACUGAAAAAUGCCUGAGCUUAUGGUUUGGCGACUGUUUAAAAAAAUAUAAUUAUCUUAUGAUUUUUCUGUCUAAAUAAUUGUCAUAAUUAAUGAGUGUAGCAUACCGGUGUUUUGCAAUUAUCUUAGAGGAGCAAUAGAAAUCAUUUUGUGAAAGUAUUUCAAUUUGCCAUGUGAUAGGCCUGUGCCUAUGUCUACAUUAAGGGUGCUUGUAAGGUCUACUUCAUUCACACUGUGUCACAUUUUUACUUCAUUUCUUGGUGGGAAGAAUCCGUUUGAUCAGUCAGGCAGUCCCAGCACGUGCAGACCAUAUGCACAUACACUGAUUAAGGCAGUCGAGGCUGCCCACAGUGCUUUGCAAAGCUUGCGCGUCCUUCUUAGUGCCCCCCCCACAGGACGACGACGGCUUCAAGCAAAGCUAGUAAAAAGGCAUCUGCAUUGUAAGUAAAAUGUACUUUGAUCAGUUUGCAAGGGAAGAAUGUGUUGUAUCUUUUAUUGGAAUUCAUCAGUGGCCAUUAAUCUGUUACUUCAUAAUAUGUACAAACUUAUCUGUAUAGUCUUUUUUUGGUGAUGGCACGUACAAAUAUAUCUCUUCAGGCUGUCUUUGCAAGGCAUAGACCUGCGUAAAGCCCUAACUUUUUGGUGACUGUUUUUCCUGAAAUGUUAUGUUCCCUUUCAUUGUAUGUACUGUGUGGCAGGGUACAAAUUGAAUACUACAAAAAGUGGCUUUCUUUUAUUUUCAUACUUUAAAAGGUUUUUUUUUUUUUUCCGAAAUAAACAUGCUGAAAGAAACAUGGUUGUUUGUUUGUUGUUUGACUUGCUUCUGUGCUAAUGCACCGUGCUGUUGACAAGUCUGAGCAAACACUUCAUAAAUCAGAGUUUUAUGU